AUGUCGGCGAAGACGUCGUCAAGCUCAACGGACGUUGCCUCUUCGCGGAGACACGCCUUCCGAGACUACGUUGUUGCCUACAAACUUCAGCCAGGCGUUUUGAUGUUUGAAGAUAUACUAGGAGAGACGACUGACGUGAAUAUUAACUUUCAAGUGCCAUCACGCCGGAACUGCGUAGUAACCUUCUUCAAAGGCGUCACAGUCUAUAAGGUGGAAUUGUUGUCAAAAUCAGAGUCAGACGAUUCUGAACUCAGUGAAUUUACGUGGAAGCCGCUUCUUAAAAUGACAGACGACUGCGUGAAACGUCUGUUGGUACUUCGGAAGCGUCUCUGA